AUGAUCCACGAACGUCUAAUGACCACAGAGACGUCGGUCUCCGCUCGUCACCAUGCCACUGUGGCUGCCACGAAAAAGUCGAAGAAAAAGAAAGAUCGCGUGACUACGGAGCUAUGGGAAGCUGUCAUGCACGAGCAAUGGAAACGGGAGCAACAACGUCGACGUAUGGUCCGUUGGAGACAACAGAAAAAGGAGAGUGUGACGUCCAUGGUUGAGGAACGACUGCGCCUAGAGAGGAGGUUGCAACGCCAUAUCUUGAGAGCUCGGAUGACGGCCGACAGAGUGACGCCCCACUCGUUCGAAGAAACCAUUCGCUUAAUUACCCUCCAAAAGGCUGCGCUGAUAAGAGAAAACUUGGUACUUAUAGAGGCUAUUGCACGACAUGUCAAACUGGAGUCGAUGCUUCAGCGCGAUAUCCAAGAGUUCAUGCCUCGCGUUGACAAACCCUGCAGUGACUCGACUGAAGAACUUACACAGCAAAAAAACAAAAGAAAAAGCCCUACCGCUGGACCAAGAAAAUGGAGAGAAGAAUUUGACAGCAUCAUGAAUAACGAUGACGUCGUCAACUCUGACCGCCACCCAUGCACACAGAGUGUGGGGGAGCUUUUUGGGUGGAAAGUGGACUAUGCACCACUGGUUAGAACGACGGAGGGAAGCGUCAUGGCUCACGCGAUAUUUACAAGACGUCUACAAUGUUCGAUCGAUUACGCUGACAAAGUUUUGCCUCGACUGGACAAAACUUUGUGGCCGAAACUAGUAACUCCGAGGAGUUGGAAUCGUGUACAGACGGGAAGCUACAGCUGCCAAGUGCUGCAGAACUUCCACAAGGACGCGCACGUUAUGGUCUGCAAUAUCCCGGGGGAGGUGAAUCUCCGUUACAUUGCUCUGGCUCAGCACACCCGAGACUUUCGAGCGGAUGGCAAGCGUGUGGACAAAUACACCAUAACGAUCGCAGACUCCGAAACAAAUUCUCGUAACAGGGAAGCCGCAGGAAAGCAGCAAGACGUGCAGUGGGUUCUCGAGGGAGGCACGUGCAUUACAAUCACUGAAGUUGACCGAGGCAUUAUUGACGUCGUGUUUGAUCAGUGGGCGGGGUGCUUGCGUGAAAUGCAUGGUCGACAGUUGUACAUCGAUUGGAUUCGGUUCCCUGUCGGUCUGGAGCAGUAUAUUUCUCCUACGCGAUUGCUAAAUGCUUGA